AUGGCUGGUGGCUCUGUUCAAGCGGGGUUAGGGCCUUCCACGCUGUGGGGCCACUUUGUUGCUGUGGAUAUCACUCGCACUUUUUGUUCCCUUUACGCCGAGAAGUUGUCUGCUGUAUGGGACCGACGAGAAUUUUCCACGAGGUUGGCAGCUCUCAUGCGGCAGUGGCGAGCCGAACAUUGGGAUGACAUCUUCAUUGGUGCUGCUACGAGGCGCGGUGUAAAUAGUGAUGGAGCUCGACGAAGCAGAAGGCGCACGGACGACAAUACGGCUGAUGCGGCGGGGAACGCGGGGGAGUUGCAGCGGUGUCAACGUGGUGUGGCAAUGUACUACGAGUCUAUCCGUGUGCAGCGUCUGAUGGACGAAGUGCUUUUUAUCCGUGACUUGGAGGAAGAAUGUGAUGAACUGGAAUCGGAUAAAAUAAGGAGGCGUGUGCUAAGGCGGCGGCGAGGAUUAAUUCGUGCCGUGGACGAAGUCUGGCGCGCUGGAAAGGAUGCUGCGGACUUUCUCCUUCCAGUUACAGAGAGGGAGGCACCGUUGUAUUAUCGCCGUGUGAGGCAGCCAGUCUGUAUCGCCAGCAUCUACUGCAGCGUGUGGGAUGCGGAAGUGGAAGACUACGCGGGACUGAAGGCUCUCUUUACCCUCAUGCGGUCCAACUGCGAGUUGUACAACGGCGCUGGGAGUCCACUCGUGGCGGCGUGCCAGGGGCUCGUCCGUGUUGGGUUCCGCGCGGCGCGGGAAGCGCAGACCGACGAGGAGCAGGAGGAAGUGCAGAAUGGCAGCCUUGUCAUUCCCAAUUCAUUGUUGCUAGAAACGGCAAACGGCAGUGCCAUCGGUGGCGGUGUUGGUGGCGACGGGAGAAAACUUUUCCCUCCUCUUACGAAGGAAGAGUUGGCUUGGAUGUUCCCGCCCCGAUACGAGGCUUCGCAGUCGCCUGUUGAUGGCGGCCGUUUCACUACCGCAGAAGCGGCAGGGGGACGAAACGAAAACAAUGCUGGUGAGCCGAGGCGCGUUUUGCGGCUUAUUCGCCGGUCGGACACACACGAGCCGGAUGGAUCGGGUGAAGGGACGGCCGCCCGUACGACGCUAGUGCGACGCUUGACGCUGCGUCGGACAAUGGAUGCCGCCCCCGUUGUCGACGCUUCUGUCCCCUCCUCCAACAAGGAGGAAGUGGAGAAGAAGGGUGACAAGAAACCGACCUCGACAGUGGGGAGGAAGAAGAAGAAAAAGCCGCAGGAAGAGGAAGAGGCGGUGGGUGAUGAUGAUGAACAGGAGGUGACGUACUGGAUCCGCUGCGACCUCUGUGACAAGUGGCGUAUUGUGCCGGAUAAAAUUGAGCCCCUCCCGGAGUACUGGGACUGCUCCUUCGUUGGCAUGAAAUGUGGCCCGUUGAAGAGGCGGCGGGAAGGGGAGCAGCCGCCUAAAAAGGGGCAGAAGACGCAGCCUGGCCGAAAGAAAAAACGAGAUGAAGAGAAUGCACCAAAAGAAAUACGAUGGAAAAGAGGAGGGAAGAGGAAGCCACAAGGAGAAGAAUUGGCGCUGAAUGAUAACGGCAAAAAAGCGGGUGCGUCGACACUUCCACGGGCACAUGCUUCUAGUCGGAAGGAAAAGAAGGCCUCACGCCCAGCGGCAACACGGAAGCGCCGUGCGAGUCUAUCCCCAUCCUUGUCUUCCUCGUCGUCAUUCUCCUCAUCUGACUCAACAGGGAGCAGCAGCGACAGCGAUAGCGACAGCGACAGCAAUGACUCUGAAACUCCACCGCGUCGUGGACGUGGUCGUAAACCCCGCCAGACACCGCAAAGGAUUCGCGGUGCAAAGCGCCCUCGUGCCACCAGAAACUUGGCUCGGGAUGAUGACAGUGACAGUGAGAACAGCGCGUCACGGCCCUGUCCUGCCGCCAAGGCCACAACCCCCGCCUUGACACUGGAGAAGCUCGUGGAACUUGAGGAGGCCAUGGACGAGGUGGAUGCGAUGCCGCUUGAAGAUCAGAAUCCCAAGGAGAUCCUCGCAAGACUUCGGAGCAUAGAGAAAUGUUUGCAAUGA